AUGUUGAACGCAAAGGGAGUUGAAAGUGGAGAAGGGAGAGAAGGGGAUUGGGAGUGCAGCAGUUGCAACAACAGGAACUACGCUUUCAGAUCAUUCUGCAAUCGAUGCAAGCAACCCCGCCUCCUCGUCGAUACCAAAACCCCCGCUGAUUCCAAGUGGCUUCCUCGUAUUGGCGAUUGGAUCUGCACCGGUUGCACUAACAACAAUUAUGCAUCAAGAGAGAAGUGCAAGAAGUGUGGACAACCUAAGGAGGUAGCAGCCAUGCCAGCAAUUGCGAUGACUGGAACAUCUUUCCCCGCUUAUUCACAUUAUUAUUCCAGGGCCCCAGGGGGACCAGAACAAAAGAUGAAUAUUGGAUUGCUUGGCAGUGGUGCGCCAUCACAGUCACUACAUUUAAACUCCAGUUGGCCCAUUCCUGGGGCAGAUAAGUAUGGUGUCCAGCCAAUUUCCAUAUGGUUACCAGGUGGAAAUUAUGGCUCUGGACAUCCUCUUGAUAAUUCCACCAGCCAGAACCUAUCUGUUCCGAAGGGAUGGCGCAGUGGGGACUGGAUCUGUAACUGUGGCUUCCACAAUUACUCUUCCCGCUCUCAGUGUAAAAAAUGCAAUGCUUUUCCACCUGCACUUGGUACAAAGCGGUUAGCCUCUGAAGAGUUGGCUUAUGACUGGGACAACAAGAGAUUGAAUGUAGGAACUACAAAUGAUCAGCAUCGGACCUAUACAAGUUUGGAUCAAGUGGUAGGGACAGUUGCAGAUCCAAAACCUGGAGUCUUCCCCUCUUAUCCCAGCAUGAACUCAAGUACAGCUCCAAGUUUGCCAUUGGCCACACUUAUUCCACCUCAAGUCUCUACACCUGCCCUCCUUGGAAAAGGAGCAAAGCAAUGGCGUAGUGGAGACUGGAUGUGCUCAAAUUGCAACAAUCAUAAUUAUGCUUCAAGACUACAGUGUAACAGGUGCAAAACACAAAGAAUGGCCCCCAUGCAACCUGUUAAUGUUGUGUAA